AUGGUUAAUUGUUUUGUGCCAAAAUGUAAUCACUAUAGUGAAAGAGAAACCUGCAGGUUUUUUAGAUUCCCUAAAGAUCAAAAUGUAAAAAAAAAGUGGUUGGAUAAUAUAAGGAGAGCUGAUAAGGGUCCUAGCAAUAAUUCCCGUGUUUGCAGCUGUCAUUUUAUUGAUGGUAACAAUGCCAAAGGACCUUCAAUUUUCAGCUGGAAUAAGGAAAAAAUAUUUAAAUUUGAAUCCCCGGAAAAAAGAAAAAGACGUCGUACUCAUGAUGUAGUAUUGGAUAAUUUGGAUAUUAAUAUUAAUGUACCUGAACAAACACAAAUUGAUCUUGAUGACAUGAAUGAAGAAAUAACAUCAAAUAUUAAUACAAAUGUUUCUAGUACCAGAUCAAAUCUAAAUUUGGAUAACUCAAAUGUUUCAAAAGUCCAAAAUGACUCAGAAAAUUAUCUUUUGAAGAUGGAGAUUGAGAAGUUAACUAAUGAGAUAAAAUUAUUAAAAUCACAGCCUUUUUCAUUUUGUGUCAUAGGAAAUACAGACAGUUUAAUAACUUACUACACAGGAAUGCCAAAUAAAUCAGUCAUUGACUUGUUGUUUGGUAUUUUUAAAAGCUUACAAAUAAAUUAUUUUUUGGGAUGGAAUGUAGAAAGAAUAAAUAGAAAUGAUCAAAUCUUAAUGACACUUAUGAAACUUCGUCUUAAUAUUGAUUUCAUAGAUUUAGGUGUUAGAUUUGGAUGUAGCCGUAAAACUGUCACAAAUAUAGUGUUAACUUGGAUUCAUAUAUUCCACACUAUCCUAUUUAAAACAUUCAUGGAUAAUGUACCCAGUCAACAAAAAAAUAAGGCAUGCCUGCCUACUGUUUUUAAUAAUUUUUUGAACUGUCGAAUGGUACUGGAUUGUACCGAAAUAUUUACAGCAAUACCUGGCAAAAUGGAUUUACAAAAACUCACUUAUAGUAAUUACAAGCACAGGAAUACUUUAAAAGGCCUGGUCGGAGUAGCACCUAAUGGUGUAUUAACAUUCUGUUCUUCUCUUUAUCCUGGAUCAACUUCAGAUAAAGAAAUAGUCAAACAUAGUGGAGUCUUAGAUGUUUUUCACAGUGGAGAUCUCAUAUUGGCAGAUAAGGGAUUUCUUAAUAGUGAUAUAUUACCAGAUGGAGUUUCAGUAAACAUUCCACCAUUUUUAGGAGCUCCCCAGUUUACUCCAAAUCAAGUAACUAAAACAUUAACUAUUGCCAGAGCAAGGGUUCAUGUGGAACGUGCCAUCAAUCGUAUUAAAGGAUUCUGUAUUUUAGAAUUUAUCCCUCCAAAAUUAUUGCCAUAUGCAUCAAAAAUAUUUCAGGAUUAA